GACUGAAUUUGCAGACAUUGCACACAUGUGGACAAAGUGCAUUUGUGUUAUUGUAUUGUGAAGUGGCAUGUAAAUAUGUAACAAAUGACAUCACCUAAUUUGCUGUAAAUUUACGAAAAUACCGUUUUUUGAAACGUUGUUUUCUGCUAGUCAGUCAUACCUAUUAUAUUAAUUGACACUGGAUAACUGCUUCUCAGUGACCAUGGAUGGCACAAAAGCCCCUUGCAACAUAUCAAGAAAUUUGAAACUAAGUAAUGGUAAAUACAAUGUCUCAGAAAAUGGAAUGUUUGAAGUGAAGGGUGGUGUGUUCAAAGACUGCAAAUAUGCAUGGACUUCUUUUAAGACAGAACUACGGCUCUUCCGCAUGUCCGUAGGAAACAAAAUUGCCACAUGGAGGUUUGGAGCAGAUGUUUCCCAGUCUGACAGUGUUGCAGAAAUUGGACAGGAGCAUAUUGGGUACCAUGUGCCACAUGUGACCUGUGUGUGCGAGUUGCCACCACGGGGAGCAGUCACUGGUUCUACUGCUCCUCAGCUUCUUGUAGGACUAGACUGUGGGCCCAGUCGUGGUGGUGCUGUAUGUAUUUGUGACAGCUCGUCUGGGUCUGUAGUUACAACUAUCAACGUCUUACACCCGGUCUCAUCAUUGUCAGUUAUUGAUGGAGGAGCAAGUCCUGCAAGCAGACUUCUUUCCCCAGCCAUCACGAACAUGUGUGGGGUGGCUGCUGUGGGCCUUACAGGAUGUGGAUAUGUAAUGUUAGUUGACUUGCGGCGGCAUGAUCCAGAUGGCCCUCACACUGCCAUCCUUCUCAAUGAAGAGUCGUUUAAGGUACCAAGGAAGUUUGCUCUGAAGGGUUCAGACGGUAAAGUACGAUGUUACCUUCCUUCAUACAAGGUGGAUGUGACUUGUGUGCAGUAUGUGCCAUGUAUAACAAGCCUUCUUGUAGGAUAUAACUUUGGAUGUUUUGAGAUAUGGGACUUGCGGGAGCAGAAAAUUAGGUAUGUGAGUCCAGUGAUGGAGCAGACAAUUCCAGUAGCUCACAUCGCAUUCCAGGAGCCAUCGGAUGAUCCACGCAACUUCUGCUAUGUGUGGACUGUGCACAGUCCCAGUGGUGAGAUAAGUGAUAACAGUAGUGACUCUUGCCACCCAGUAGCAUUCAUGUAUGCUCUUUGCUACCAGUGGAAAGAAUGGAUUGAUGGCUGUGGAUAUAUCUAUGAGGGCUUUAAAGGAUGUAGCCAGCAUUACUUCUUUGAAAUGAAGGCAUAUGAGAACAAGGAAACACUUGGAGGGAACAGCCUCACCUGCCAGGCCGUCGGAACGGCUGUCUCAAGACAGCAUCGAUCCCUCGGGCCUGAUGAUUUUGAUGACAGUGUCAAUGAAGGUGAACUAAGCUUAUGCCUCUUCGCUUGGCAAAGUAUGGACACAGACUGUAAGAGCAUGUUACGUGUUGCAUUAUUUGAUCUUGAUCGAUGGUACAAGGAAGAGAUGCCACAGUCUGGAACUGGAAGUUACAUAGUAGUUUUCCAUCUUGAAGACACACUGCACUCAUCUACCAAUCCUGUCCUUGAUGUGGUUGUUGAUGAGAGUUCACUCCAGCCCUACCGCUCAGAUACAGGACAUGAAGAGUACUACAGACCAUCUGCUUUAUCUUUUGUUUCACAGAUACUCUUUGAAGAUGAGUUGGUGGAAAUAAGUCACCCCGGUGAACAGCAGUUUUUGCUCUCACAUCUUGACAAAAGUGGUCCUCUUGCUCUGCUGCACCCUGCUCAGCUAUACAAGCAUUGUCUCAGCAUUGGAUUACGACCAGCACUUUUUGAUAUCACAAGUCCAUCAAGUGAAGUAUCUUUGGAUCAGCAGCGCAGGUUUCUUCUAGCUCUUGCUCUCGAGUGGCAGAUGUCUGGGUUCUUACAUUCAUGUGCUGUUGAAUGGGCCAGUGGAUCCCAAAGUGUUGCUGGGUGUUCAUUACCAGUGCUCCUCACCUGGGGCUGGGAGUUUGCUCUGGCUGUCAAGGACGAAGCAAGCAAACUUUGUGCACCACUUUUCGAUCACUCCGGCACAAAACUGGACCGUGCUGGCCGGCGUAUGCUAAGCAUGUACCGUAACCAGCUUGGCCAUUUGGCAAAACUCUUCAGCGGUGUGUUAACAUCACCCAAGAUUCCAAAAAUUUAUGUUCCAGAUUCCGUUGAAAAGCAGGCAAAGGCCCUUGAAAUGAUUUCACUAUAUUUUGAAGUUGUUCAAUGGUUCAUGAAUGCAGGAUUACUCCCAGAGUUUCCAGAUGAUGGUGUGUCAUAUGGAGGAGAUCUACUGAUGGAAGAUCACCACAAACUUCUGCCAUAUCCUGCAUCUGUAAUUAAGAAGUUCUACGAGGACAGGAGGGCUGACUUGAAGGAUGAAGUUCCUCUCUUUGUUGACCUGUUGCUAGAACAGGACAAGUCACUCAAGCUGAAGGAACUAUGGGUCCAGGAUGGUGGAUCUGGUUUCUAUCCUCCUCCCUCUCUCCAGGCACUGCUCCAGACUUACCUAAUCGAUGUUUUGGACACAACUGCCAAACAUCGCUUUGUGAUAUAUGUAUUCCUUGAUCUUGCUGAAACACUAGAUGACAGGUAUGCAGGUGCAAUUAACUAUCUAAUAAAGUUUCCAGCUGCAUUCUACAUGAGACCCAGCAUUAUUAAAAUAACUCAAGCAAUGUGGCUGCUUGAUCAUAAAGACUUUGAGGAAGCACUUCGAAUGCUGCUGGAUCCCAUGAUCAGACCUAUAGAUCUGGAACAGUGGCAGCAUCGUGCCAUUGCACUUGCAUUUCUCAAGCAAGGGAAAGCGGACCUUGCUUUGGACUACAUAGUGUGUCGGAAUGUCCCACUAGACACAUUUGAAGAUAUAAAAUUAAAAAUCUCAAUUUUAAUUGAAAAUAAGAAAGUUUUGGAGGCUUAUGAAUGCCAGAGCAUGUACUCAAUUGGAGAAAGCAACCAAGAGUUGAUGGAGUUUUUUCUUCGUGAAUUACACCGAGCUGAGCUCAUGGAUCAGAUAUUUUACCUAACAUUGACACCUAUGGAGGAGAAGUGCUUUUUCCAGUUUCUGGAGAAGUCCUUAGUUCAUGGAGGUGGUGGAACCAAGUUAAUAUACUACUUGCAGCACUGCAGGAUCAUUGAGGCAUUUGAGACUGUUGAUAUCUUGGAACGCAAAUACAAUGAAAAUUACUUCAAUGAGACUCUUCGGAGCCUUCCAUACAAGUAUGUUGCAAAAUCUGUUGAAGGGCUGCCAGAGAUAACACGUAAAACAGCAGAUGUCUACAGAUCUGCUAAAGCACCUCCUUGUAAUACAGGUACUAUUCCCGAACCUCUGUCGAUGACACUCUAUCGCCACAGAUCGUCAGAUCCUCUUUGCGAUAAAUCUACAGGCAUAGAGACAAUUUUGAGGAAAAUAAAAGAGACAUGGGUACCUGAGUUAGUGAAUGAUGCAGAUUCAUUAGUGCAAAAAACUCCAUUUCUUUUCUCUCCUUUUCACUUCCAGCUGAACAGGCAUUACAAUUCAACUCGAGCUGUUUGUGUAACAGAAAAGAAGCGCGGUAGACAGGAUGAAGAGAAAGAAGGAACACCUCCCAAACGUCGCCGAACAGAAGAUUUGAGACCUGUUAAUAACAGCAGUAUCAUAGAGGAACUUCAUGAGCCACGAGAAGUUGAUGUGUCACUGCUGUUAGACACCCCAAGAAUAAAGAGGCUGUCUGAACUAAGAGCAACUGCAAAUGCCUCAUUUUCUGGCACACCUGUCAGAGAAACGUCAACUCAUCAUUCUAUCCUUAAGGUACAUUCAGUUUCAAAAAAAUCAUUGUCACCUGAAGAUUUGGUUAGUGAAGAUAUAAGCAGAACAACAAGAGGGGCUGCAUCAAAAGACCACGGGACAGAGAUGAACACUGAUGGCAAAAAGACAGAGGAGAAAAAGGAAUCCGAAACAGGAGUGCUGUCAGCAAGCCGACAGAUCCGUUUUGCAUUACCAAAAGAGAGCAACCUAGACAGAAAGAAAAGUGUCAUGGGUGCCAGCCCUAGGAAGGCUCUGUAUGAAGGAAAUGUUGCGCACACAACAGAUACCCAGGUGGGAGGAAGGAGGCCAGGAGACAUGGCACGUCCCUUAUGCUUUUUCCCUAAGCCUUCAAGUGGCACUUGGGACACAGAAGCUUCAGUAUCUAAAACAGUUUAUACAGCGAAGAAAGCUGAACGCAGUUUAUCAUUUUCUCCUUCUCCUCGGAAGCGAGACAGUGCUAACAGUGAAGAAAGAGUAGCUAGCAGAGUAGCUUCUAUUAAAGGGAAAUAUUUUUUCCCACCUAAAUCUAAAGUAGAUGAUGAUUCUGAAGAAAACCAAGAAGACAGUUUUGUGUCCGCUACCAGCGAUAUAGAUUCAAAUACUGAAGACGCUUCUGGAGAUGCAGUUCUGUCAUCUGUGUUAGCUGAAUCUGUCUCAAAAGAUUUGAAGCAAAAUAUUUCAUCAUCAACGAAUAUAGUGGAGUACCUCGAACUUGAGGACAGUGUGCAGUCAGUAGAUGAUCAUAAUCUCAGAGAAAAGUGUGUCAAGACAGAUGACCCUCCUCGUGUGACGAGCAUUUCACCCAGAAUUACAAAGAGGGAAUCUUAUAGGAAGAGUAAUGUUUCUUUCCUGACUGAUCAUACAAUGCGUGGCAUUGGAGGUAGUAAACUGCUGAACAGUCCCUCAAAGCAUUCAGUGAAGUUUGAUGAUUCUAGGCGGGCUGUUAAUAGCUGUUCUCUUCAGACAGCAGAUGGCAUACCAGAUACUGAAAAAUCAUCUACUUCAUUUGCAUGUGUCAGUAUUGAGACAGAAUCUCCAACCAGUGCCACUACAACAAACAGAAAGAGUAUCCUGUCAUUUUCUCGUAGUAGUAUAACUCGUAAUGUCUCUUACACUUCAGUUCUCAGUAGAAGAUCAGAUGAAGCACUGUCUGCUGAUGGACAGAAAUGUGAGGAUGAUGGUCCUGUUACUCAAGGAGCCACCUCUCAUUUGGAAUCAUAUUCUUUGUUGUCACAUAAUACAGUUAAGGGAGUAGUUAACACCAGUAACAAAACAGACAAAGAUGGCAGUAAGUCUUCUGCAUCAUUCCUACCUGACAACACUGUACGCAUUGUUCCUGGGAAUACUUCCACUAGGCAGACUGAUGAAAGGAGAGAAUCUCUGAGUGAUUCAAAACAGACUGAAAGUACUGUUUUGACACCCAUUGAAGAUGUAUUAGCAUCUGAGAAAACAUCUUUGAUGGGAAUUGGGACUAAGACAGAAGAUAGUACCAGUUUAACAUCUGAGAGAAGCCAAUACAGCUCAUCCAGAUUUAUUCUUCCUGAUGCAACCAUUCAAAGCAGACCUGGUAAAAUAGUUGACAGUGAGCAGUUGGGUGGAGAUGUAAGCUCUGCAGGCAUGGCAAAAGAAAAUCGGAAAUGUGUUUCUUUCAAUGCCAGAGGUAGUCCGAAGUUGGGCAGAUCAUCGGAGACAUUGGCCGGCAUUGAAUCUGGGGCUGUAAAUAAUGAGAAUUCUGUCCAGAAGGAAUGUAGUAAUAGGCUGAGCUCAUCAUUUCUCCCACACAGCAGCAGUUAUGACAGGCCCGGUGUCUUGUCCUUCAGUGAACAAUCAGCUGUUGAAGUAAGGGUCACAGGCAGUGCAGAAGAAAUUCAAAAGAGUGGAGAAGACACACCAGAGGUUAAACAAUUAUCUAAGGCAUUGUCAGCAAGCGAAACUGGUCCAGAAUGCUUUACCAGACCAACACCUGAUAAGGAUAGCACUGGUUCUGUUCUAUCAUUUCUUCCUCACAGCACAGUUUAUGAUAGUCCUGUUAGCACACCAUGCAGCAGGCAGUCAGAAGACUUACAGAAGUCUGUAAAUGACAGCAGCACAUAUGAAAAUAAUGUUGCAUUGACUCCAGAAGACACACUGAAGACUGACAAAUCAUCAGAUUCAGUGAUAGAUAUCGUAGUUGAGGCAGAAGGUAAUGUUAGCUUCACGCCUAAGAAAACAUGCAAUACACCUGUAUCUAACUUUCUGUCAGAUACCACCAGAUUUCUGCCAGACAACAGUAUUUGGAAUACCCCCAGUAAUUCUUCAUGCACCAGAUUCACUGAUAAUGGAUCAGAGACUGUAGAUAAUACCAAAAAGAGUGUUACUAUGACUAUGGAAGGUACAUUGGAAACUGACAAUUCAUCUACUGCAUUGAUAGAUACCAGUGCUGAGAUGGGAGGCAACAUCAGUAAACAGUGGUCAGCUUCACCGACAAGAAUCAGAGCUGAGACAUGUGGUGCUAUUAGCUCUACACCCAAGAAAACUUUGAGCACUUCUGUUUCUACAUUUCUGCCAGAUACCACCAGAUAUUUACCAGAUAACACUGUAUGGAAUACCCCCAGUAACACAUCAAGCACCAAACUUUCUGAUAAUGAACCAGAGGGCCUAAAUAACACCAAAGAGAGUGAAAGGAGUGUUGUUGUGACUAUGGAAGAGACAUUGGAAACUGACAAAUCAUCUCCUUCAUUGCUAGAUACCUUUGCAGUGGGAGGCAAUGCUAGUGACAAAUCAUCGACUCCUCUGCCAAAAAUCAGAGCUGAGACAGGAGGUAAUGUCAGUUCCACACCUAAGGAAACUAUUUCUAGCUCGUUACCAGAUACUACCAGAUUCCUACCAGAUAACACCAUUUGGAACACCCCCACUAAUUCGGCAUGCACCAGACAUUGUGAAAACGAACCAGGCUCAAUAGAUAAUACCAAAAUGAGUGAAAGAAGUGUUUUGGUGACUUUGGAAGAGACAUUGGAAACUGACAAAUCUACGUCCUUAGAAGGUGUCGAGACAGGAGGCAGUGUUAGUUCCGUGCCCCAGGGGAUUUGCAGUAAUCCUGUGCCGAGCUUCCUGCCGGAUACCACUACUUGGAAUAGCCCAAGUCAUUCAUUUGAUGGCAAGCUAUCGGCCAGCGAAAUAAUCUCGCCACUCAGUGAACAAGAAAAUUGUCAAAAUGCUACUGUGACCAUAGAAGACAGCUUAGAAAUGGAAGAAAACCCUACUUUGUUGACAGACAGCAAAAAUGCUUCUAGAUAUCUUCCUGAUGACACGAAUUACAACAGCCCUGUUGAGAAAGAUGUGUUGGAAAAUCGGCUUGACAGUGAACCGCAGGGAAGUGGAAAGUCUGCCGACAAAAGAAGCAUUUCAGGGCGAUGUCACACUGAUCUUGAAGAUAAAGAGGAAAAGUGUCCUCCUGUAGCUGAUAGUGAUGCUGAUGAUGUUGACGAUGACGAUGACGAUGAAGACUGGCAUGCCAGCGCCGUUGAAGAGGAAGAGGACUCUGAUGAAGCAGAUGAUGAACCAGUGGUAGCUGAUGAUGUGUCAGCUAUUGAUGUAGAAUCUGCCUCCUCCUCUUCGGCAUCCAUUGUACUCAUCAGCAGUUCUUCAUCUUCAACUAACAGUGAUUCAGACAGUGAGGCAGCAGCAGAUGAAAGGAAAUGUGUCGGUGACAGCCGCACAUCAAGUGUGGACUUUGAUCCUCUACUUGAUCCUGAGAGUGACACUGCCGAAGAGGUAGCUACGGCAACUAUUCCGCUGAAGGACCCGGACACUGAAAGUCAAAAUGUCGAUCUUCAGCAUUCUGGUGAAGAUUGCAGAGAUGGAGCAGAAAUGAACCAAACUCUGUCAGCAGAACAUGAGAGCAUUGCAGAUACUGAUCCAAAACUGAGAGAUAAUAGCUCCACAGAUGCUACAGAAAAAGCAAAGGAAACUGAAUAUGUGGAUAUUCAGUCCAUUUCCACUGGAGGUUGCAAAGUUUCAGAACCUGUUAGUGCAGUAGAACCUUACAUCAGUGGAACAGCUGAUUGUGACAACACAAAUAAGAAAAGGUCCCGGAAGGGACUGACAGAAAGAAAACUCUCAAGAUGCAGUAGUGAGCCCCCAGCUAAUGUGGACGUGUUAGGGAGACUGAGGACAAAGAAGACACGUUCUACUGAUUCACUUAACAAUUUAACAGGCCCACCUGUUGUUACUGAAACUUUUACUGAUAAAGUUUCUCAGUCUAAAGAUGAGGCUGACCAUUCUCAUACUACUAGUAAGGGUCAUAACAACAACAUUGACAACUCUCCGAAUGCUGGGAAAGGGCAGAUUAUUAGUGACAUACCAGAGCUGCCUAAUGAAUCAGUGUCAGACGACAUACGUAACUCAAUACAAGAGUGGAUGAAUAGUCCGAUUGUCACAAGGGCAGGAUUCAGAAGGUUGUCCUCAAUACAAAGUGAACCACCUCUGAUGGAUGAUGUGUCUGAUAUAGUUUCACUUCCUCGAACGAGGCGAAAAAAGACCAGUUCUGUAAUAAUGGAGUCAACUUCUCCAAAGAAACGUGGCAGCAAAUCCACAUCACAGCACCAGGAGUCCACAGCUGCAAGAUCUGAGGCACAAAGUGCAGAGCAUGAGCAACGGAUGGAGGAGUAUACCACGGAGCGUCGCCUUACAAGAUAUCAGCGCUCCCUACUAGCAAGAAGUGCUGACUUGGCAGCUGGAAGAGGGCGAAGCACACCACCUCAUGACCUGAAAACUUUCUCUUUACCAUCCCAAAGUCCAGUGCGACUCCGCUCAUCGGAUCGUCACUGUACGCCUUCUCCUGGAGAUGCCGACAACGUCUCAGUUGCUCAGUCUGAAGAUUCUGAAGUGUCAAGUUCAUUGACAAGUAGCAGCUAUCUGCAACGCUCUCCUAGAUCAGCACGUUCGGAAAGUAUCAUCAGACGACCGUCGCGUCGGAAUCACAAUACAGCAGUGCGUUCACCAUCAUCAGUCUGUUCGAUGCCUGUUGCACCAGCUGUAUCACGGCAUGGAAGAUUGCGGCAGGUUAAGAAGAGAGGUGGUGAAGUCUCCGAGGAACUACAGAAAGAUGCUUCAGCCUUACAUCCUGCAAGGAGGACAAAGAGUCAUCCCAGUUUGGAUGCAUCAAAGAGAAAAUCACCACCAAAUACUUCCCAUGAAGACUUGACAAAGCAAGAGUCUCAAGCCAAAGAGCUGAGAGUAACACGAAGUGUGGCAAGACUUGGGCCACAUUCAUCACAUUCAGUUCUGCAGCCAAUACCAGAAGAGUCCACAUCUAGUUCUGUUGAUGCGAGCAACAAACAGCCAGCCCCAACUGAGCGGCGCAAGAGGAAGCAUACAUCAAGGUCACCAGUUUCAAAGAAAACAUCGCCUAGAAAUAAGAAGCAGGAAUCUACAAGGAUAUCACCAAGAAAAGCAAUGAGGUUGCGCAGUCGUCUCCUGAAAUAAUUGUCGUUCAGGGUAACAUUAUGCAAGAAAACAAUUUUCUUUGUAAAAGAAAAUGGAAAUAUCAAAGAAAUUGACAAGUGUAACACAGUACUUUUUUCCAUUUAUAGAAGACACUGCCAAGUUUCUGGUAUUUCAGGUUUAUAUUUAACAAAAACAUUUAAAAAAUUGAACAGGCAUUUGUAUAAAUAUUUACUGUGUUAAAUGCAUGUAGGAAUAAGUUUCUCAUCUCUUGACAGGUAGGGCAUAGCCUGCAUGAUUUUAAUUUACAAAGAACAUGUAAACAGUGUGAAUUUGAGUAAUUAAGACACUUACUACUUUGUAUCACUGCCUUAUUGUUUUCUGCCACAGGUGACAGAAAAACAAUGCCCUCUCCAAUUUGUUUAUUGUGUCAAAAGUCAAUUUUAUGCUGCUACACUCAUUCUGUAAUAAAUCAAUCCUUUUUAAAAUAUGAGAUGAUAAUUUCACACAUUUAUGUAUAUCAUUCCAAGAAAUAAAACGAGAAGCUUGUACAGAAAUUCUUCCUAUGGCUUACACCACAACAUUUGUAGCAUUACAUGGGUGUCUGAGUUAUUCAGUGUAAGGAAUGAGGUGCAAGUAAAAAGUUUGUCCUUAUAAACAGAAGAGCAUAGCCUGCAUUGUUUCAGUUUUCAAAACCUUUGUGAAUAUUGUGAUUUCAAAUAACCAACCUGCCAUGUUAUUUAAUGUGACUGAAGUGUAUGUAUUCUAUUAGAUAUGACAGAAAAUAUUGUCUCUUGUAUUUAUGUAAGAUAAUGUGUGCAAACAUCCAUUUUUAUUCUAUAACAGAUUUUGUAAUAAAAUCAGUGUUCAAAAUUCGA